AACCAACUCUUUUUACACUCAUUCUACUGGACUUCCAAUUCACAAAAGGGAAAUUUGCUCAUUACGGCAGGAUAACUCAGACAGAAACCUGCCCUCAAUCUCAGCGGUGCUGUCACACACUUGCACACAGAUAUACAAACACAUUCACAGCCACACACGCACGCAGCCGCGCACACACAGACACAGACACACGCGCGCACCGAAGAGCAAACAGUCUCUCUCCCUUUCUCUCUCACUCUCGCUCACCCACUCUCCUCUCCCUCCCAUCCACACACACACACACCACUACAGUAUAUCAGCUAGCGACUGGCAGGGAAACGGAGGGGAGAGCAGAAAUGAAUGUGAAGAUCUUGACGCUGGUGAUUGUGCUGGUGGUUUCUCUGCUGUGUUCAGCCAGUGCUGGUCCAAUGGCCUCCACCGAGCAUAGCAAAGAGCUGGAGGAGGUGGGCAGCAUGAGGACUCCUUUACGGCAGAAUACCGCUCGAGCCGGCCGGAGCCAAAGACCUUCUGGCUGGAGGAGGAGACGCCCUCGACCCCGUCUCUCCCAUAAGGGGCCCAUGCCAUUUUAGAGCAAGGCACAGCUUAGAGUGCCCUCCCCCUUGGUUCUGAUUUCUAUGCUCUUCCUUUGCCUUGGGGGGCCUUGCAACAAGGGGCCUUUGCUAGCCCAGCCUGAAGAGUGAUGUCCAUAGCACCUGCUGGUUCUUCAAGCAACUCUUCUUCUGUCCUCAAAAAACCAGGACAAGCCACUCACCCUCAGCUCUACGAAGAAUUGUGGGCCGGGAACGGGGGUGGGGGGGUAUUGAGCCCGAGCUAUCAGAUUCUGUCUCUCUCUGUCUGUCUCUCUCCUCCUGUGGUUUUUUCUCAUUUGCUUUCUAGAGCCCUUUCAUGGCCACACUUUGCAUGAUGUGUGAGCAGUGGGGAGCCUGGUCCAAACAGUUAUAGUCCGAAAAGCAUUUCUUCUUCGAGGUGUGCUAGUCCCAUUCUCUCCAGCGUGAAGGUGACCACAACGCUUCUUAAUAUUGAUACUUGUUGGCAACUCUUGGCUUAUAAACCUUGUUUAUGAGGGAAGAAAAUGGUAGGGAAACUAAAAUAAGGCACAACUAACUGCUCAGGCCAAUUAUGGCCAAGUCAGCAACAUUAAUUUUUCACAUUUGGCACAAUCUGCCUACAAAAAAAAAAAGGACAGUUAGAUUUAUAAUAGAGUGCAUUUACAUGAAAACCACUCACAAAAAAGACAUUUCUAGAAGCCUGACAACGCAAGAAACCAUGUUUAAAUGAGAUAAACUGUUUAAAUGGAGUUUUGGCGCUAAAAUGUUAACACACACGCAGAACGCAGAUUGUGCAUGUAAAUGCAUUCAAUGUUGGUUCAUUUUUAAUUACCUCUAACACAUUAAAGGAAUAUAAUUCAUUGGCACAUCCAUGUAAUACAGCUUGAUUGCAUCUCAUCGUGCUGUCCAAAUGUCAUUGCACUUCAUCCUACCAAUGAGCCCAAGAGUUGUCAGUGAUCCUAAGCUUAAGGAUAAAGCCACAGUGUCUCAUUAUCAAAAUCACACUCCACUUCCACGAGCGUGAGAUCAUUGGCCCUGAGCCCUCUUCUCCUCCCCCAUGACACAUGCUGCUUUACAGCAGAGAUACAUGACUGUUAACUGGCCAGGGUGAUUCUGCUUCAUACAGCGGACCAUCUCUCCUUUUAAUGAAGUGCCAAAUAGCAAAUCUACUCCACAGUGCUGCCAGGAGAAGAAAAGUUAACAUGUUACCUCUUAUUUUGGGGGAAGCAUAACAUCUAACCACUUGUAUGCAUUUUGCCAUUUGUUUGAACGUCCAACGUAAAGGCAAUGGUAGCAUGGUUUGAAGACAUCAGACCAAAAAGAGAAAAAGAAAAUUCCAUACAGAUCUGAUGAUUUAGCCUGAUUGUCCCCAUGACCAGAUUCUUUGACCGACAGAACUCUAUGCCUUUAUUUAACAUCAUACUGGAAAUGAUUUCUUAGUUCUCAUUCUGUUGGUGUUACUUUUGUUAUAUUUCGAUUCAUUUCUCAGGGUGCUGUGACAGAAGCCAGUAUGGUCUAUAAUAUUACAUGCAUUUAUUUAAGAAACACAUUAUUUGUAUCUGCACCAUUUAGCUUCAUACUUAUGUAUUCACCACUUUAGCAACAUAUUCAGACUAAGUUUUUACGAGCCAUUAUUGUUCUCUCCCCAGUGGGAGCAGUUGCCUUUUGAGUUUGAGCCUCUUUAGCACAGGCGGCUGUGACGGUUAUUCAACUCUAUUUACAUUGGAAAUCGCUAAAAUCUCUUUCAAGUCUGAUAGAGCUCAGAAGUCAAAUUGGCACGGGAUGACAACGUUCGACUGAUUAAUGAUGUAAUAAUCUAUAAAUAGGAGCAAUCCUUGGCUUGGGCAUCAUCAAACCUUCCUUCAUAACUUUCAGUCAAAUUAUAAAGCUGAGAUUAGAGGCUUUUAUGAAACUAAACUCAUUAAUUAGACAACACAGCAAGUUAUUGCGAAUUAGCAUUCGAGUCCCUACACCCCGAUUUCCUGUUCACCGUUUGUCUGUGGAUAUGGAAACAGAGAGCCGCCGCGUCUAUCCGCAAACAUAGCCUCGCUGCAAAAUCAGAUCUUAAUAAGAGUGCCUAAACACCACAGCGGUAAAACACCCAGCCGAGCUCACCUCGAUUAAAAAUGUAUCGAAUCUUAGGGCACUGUGAAUACUAAUAAUUCCAGUCACGCCAUGAUUAUUUUAUACCCUCUCAGACAGAGAUGGGGAUUUCAAUAUCACUUUCUCAGAACGACAGUGCUCCCGAGAGCUCCGCUUCAUGGAUCAGUAGGUCAGAAAGCAGAGAAGAUCUAAGUUUGGGUGGCCGAGUUGCCGUACACUCUGUCUGAAGAGUCUGUUAGAGGUGCAGAGGAAUGCCUGUGUCCACACUGUUCAUGAAUGUAUCUUCACCAUCCUCACCAGAGCUGAGCUGCCCCUCCAGGGAGGGACAUCAAGCAGUGUUUCAGUUCAGUUCAAGCCUUGAAUCUUGAAAAAACUAGCCCGUCACUGUUGCUUACUGUACGACAGCCGACCCCCCCUUCCCACCGAUGGUGAUGGUUAUCUGUUUCAUCAAACAUCCAAAGACAAAUAUGACAAAAUCCAAAGCUCGUUAUAGCAGAGACCCCUAUCAAUCACUUGGCUUUCCUCCAACAGUUCUCUGUACGGACAUGCAAGGCUGCACUUUUGCAAUUCCAUUAUGCUGCUGGAAAAUUAAAUCCUGAAAACAAGUCUUUUGGCAUGUAAUGGUUUUCCAGUGUCUUGUGACAAUUUAAUUGACUGAUUCUUGUCUAGCUGGUUGUCCAAAGCUUACUUUUCGAUAGAGUGUGGAAAGCUGUAUUUUAUUUUUGUGUUUAAGGUCGUAAAAAAAAAAAGUGUAGAAAAGUAGUCUGCUGCAAAAUAUGUCGUGGACACAAAAAAGCUUUCUCACCCUCCUCCACAGUCGAACUCGGUCCAUCGUCUCCGUCAGCACAUCAGGUUAAUGGAGCUUGCGGCACCAAGAGUACAUGCACGUCCAGACUCAAUACUGAAAUCAAACACGCAUUAUACUUACAGAGCACAAAUCAUUUUCUACAAUUGUUUUGCUUUUCUUUAAAGAGCUCAGAUGAAAAACUCAUUUCUACUCUAUCAUGUGUUUCUGCCCAAUUUGGCUUCAUCAUUAGUCCUAUGCACUUGUAUGCAUGUUCCACUUGAUCUUUUGUUUGAGUACAGACUUUUGCAUGGGAGAAAGGUGUGCAGAAGUUGUUUGUAUGUUGAAAACAGAGCUGUGGAAAGUGAAAUAAGUUCCCUUGCAUAUUAAUCAUUUAGAGAGGAAUGAUAAAAGCCCUGAAAACAAUACAAAACUCCUCUUUACCAUUGUGAUUCAUUACAUUGGUUUUACCAAGACAUUCAUUAGGACAAAAUGCUCUGCUUUCAUAUAUUUUCUCACAAAGGAAAAUACCCAAAAUAAUUUGGCCGCUUGUUUUCAAUUAGCUUGUCACGGUGCAUGUAAAAUGUGGCGACCAGAUCAAGUAACUGAAAUCCAAUCCCAACAAUUCACAAAGUCCACCAACUGGUUGGGACGCUAAGAAUGAUCUGAUUAUUCUGUUAAUUCAAACAAGAUUUCACACCCAUAAAGAGCUCUAACCUCUAUCCAAAACAUGUUUUUUUCAGCACACUCAUCCAUUUUAAAUCUCAAAAUCUGUAGUCAGGCCUGGCAUUUCAACAGUAUUAGUGGGCCAUGUGAAAAGCAGCGUAACGGCAAGGUAUUAUUCCUUCUCUUUAUUCCUGUUGGAGGUGUGUGUUCAUCAAACUCACCUGGCCAAAUGUACAGUCCCUGUCUCUGUUUUGAUGU